GUUCUUUUUAAAAUAUGUCUCUCUAAAAAUAGAACACAAUUAAAAUUAUCCCAAAUUAAAAAUGAAACAGGAAAAUGAUAGAAAGUGCAUAGAAUUAAAUUAGCAUGCUCGGUAGCAAAUAGAAAGGACAGCAUCAUAACUGACAGCUCCACAUGUCUCUUUGUGAUAAGUGAUUGAGAGACCCGGCCAUUCUUUCCACUGCAUUUCUGAAGUGACUGCAAGCAACUUAGGACAUCAUACAAAGAACAACUGGCAGUUCCUCAUUAUUUCCAGGUGCAACAUGAAGCGAGGAUCAAGCCUCCUCUUUUGCUCGCUGGUGCUUCUGCUGAAACUUUGCUGUUACCUUGAAGUGGUUGCUGAAGAAGACCCUCAACAGCCACCCAGGGGAGUCUGUGCCAAUUGGAUGUCAGGAGCACCAGGCUACCCAGGCCACCACGGAACUCCAGGGAGAGAUGGAAGGGAUGGAAAGGACGGGGAAAAGGGAGAGAAAGGAGAUCAAGGUGUACCAGGCCUCAAAGGGGACAGUGGAAUUUUAGGAUCAGCUGGUGUUGCAGGCCCUCAAGGGGCACCAGGAAGCCCAGGACUGAAAGGGGAAAAGGGUGAAACUGCCUCCAGGUAUCAAUCUGCCUUCAGUGUUGGUCUAACAGCCAGAGUCCCUUAUGCCAAUCUUCCGAUCAGGUUUACGAAGAUAUUCUACAAUGAGCAAAAUCACUAUGACGUAACAACAGGGAAAUUCCGGUGCAUCUUUCCCGGAGUCUACUAUUUUGCAUAUCAUCUCACCGUGUACGUGGCAGAUGUAAAAGUUAGCUUGUUCAAGAAGGACACGGCGGUCAUCAUCACUUAUGACAAGUACCAGAAGGACGACGUUGACCAAGCAUCUGGUUCUGUCUUGCUCCGUCUGGAAUAUGGGGAUGAAGUCUGGCUCCAAGUAUAUGGAGAUGAAACAGACAAUGGUAUCUAUGCUGAUAAUGUUAAUGAUUCUACUUUCAUGGGAUUCUUGCUCUACCCAAACUUGGAUAAUGGACAAUAGAAUAUCAGGGGUGGGAGAGAGGGGGGAAAUAGCCAAUAAUUGUUUGGAUUUUCCUUGUAGUCUACUUGUCAAUGCAAGGAAACACAGCAAAUUGAAUUUAGAUGUGUUCAAAGGCGGUUCACACAUGCAUGUCCACUGCUUGAACAUCCAGUGGUGACUUGUUCAUAUGAAUGAGCCAUCACAGAUACAACCCACUGAUAUCCCUUCUUCACCACAGUGCAUUUCAAUAGAGUCAGUUCACACAUUCAGCUGUUCAACAUCAAGAGCAUGUUAAUAAAAUAUAGAGAAAGCAAGUGAUAUACAUGCACAUGUGAUUCCGGAAUCUGCCUGUACUCAUCAAAGACACUUGCCCAAACCUCUUCCUUUAGAAAUGGGUGUUAUUUACUUACAGUUAUACUGACAAAUAGAGCAAACAAUAAGCUUCAAAGAGAGGAGCCUAAAGCAAUAGAAAUUCAGUAAUGAGGUGCAGCCAUAUAAGCAUUGUUCUGCACAAAUAGAAGCAACUAAUGCUUGACAAUAUUACCAUGAUGUGGCUUUCAGAGUGAUUUCUCAUUAGAUCUGCAUUGCUUUCUCAGAUAUAUUUUAAUACAUAUUCCUGUUUCUUUAAUGAGUUACGUGUGGCUUCGGCACCUUAGCAUAUGCACAGGAUGUCUUUAGCACUUAAAUAAGAAUGAAGGUUUGCAACAGAAUAUUUGGAACCAAAAUGUUACUGAAUUACAAAUAAAAAUCCUGCUCACCCACA